UUCUCCCUUUCCACUGCUCAAAUAAAAACCCUAAACCCUCUUUCUAGGGUUUCUUCGAUCUCAAUCAUCACCUCACAUUAUCCAAAUCCUUAGCAAAGAUGUCAUCUUUAAAGAGAAAAACCCUAGAAGAACCAGCACCUGAUCUCAAAUCGCCGCCUCAAAAGUCUCAAAAGGGUAAAGAGAAUGGGAACGAUGAGCCAAUUCGCGUCGACGAGCCUGUUGCUUGUCUCCACGACGUCUCAUAUCCUGAAAACUACGUUCAACCUCGGUCUCAGUCGAAGCCUUCGAUCGAGAACUCGAAGCCAGCGAAGGAGUUUCCUUUUGAGCUCGAUCCAUUUCAGUCUGAAGCUAUUAAGUGCCUUGACAGUCAAGAAUCCGUCAUGUAUGCUAUCGCCAUGUCAUUGAGAAACCAACAAAGGGUCAUCUAUACCUCUCCAAUUAAAGCUCUUAGUAAUCAAAAGUAUAGAGAAUUUAAAGAAGAAUUCUCAGACGUUGGUCUUAUGACUGGUGAUGUGACUAUAGAACCCAGUGCCUCCUGCUUGGUCAUGACAACAGAGAUUUUACGUAGUAUGCAAUACAAAGGAUCAGAGGUUAUGAGGGAGGUUGCUUGGAUUAUCUUUGAUGAAGUACACUACAUGCGCGAUAGGGAAAGAGGUGUUGUUUGGGAGGAAAGCAUUGUUCUGGCUCCUAAGAACUCACGUUUUGUUUUCCUUUCUGCAACAGUUCCUAACGCGAAGGAGUUUGCUGAUUGGGUAGCAAAGGUACAUCAGCAGCCUUGCCACAUUGUUUAUACGGAUUAUCGACCUACACCACUUCAGCAUUACAUUUUUCCUUCUGGAGGUGAUGGCUUAUAUUUGGUGGUGGAUGAAAGAGGGAAAUUUAGGGAGGACAAUUUUCAAAAAGCUUUAAAUGCACUUGUUCCAGCUAGUGAAGGGGAUAAGAAAAGGGAAAAUGGGAAGUGGAAAAAAGGUUUACUAUCAGGCAGGCCUAGUGAAGAAAGUGACAUAUUUAAAAUGGUGAAAAUGAUAAUCCAGCGACAAUACGAUCCUGUGAUAAUUUUCAGUUUCAGCAAAAGGGACUGUGAGUUUCUUGCAAUGCAGAUGGCAAAAUUGGACUUAAAUGAAGAAGAUGAGAAAAUAAAUGUUGAAACCAUCUUUUGGAGCGCAAUGGACAUGCUUUCUGAUGAUGACAAGAAGCUUCCACAGGUUUCAAAUAUGCUACCCUUGUUGAAACGUGGGAUUGGUGUACAUCAUUCUGGUCUGCUGCCAAUUUUAAAGGAAGUUAUUGAGAUACUCUUUCAGGAAGGGCUGAUCAAGUGUUUGUUUGCCACAGAAACCUUCAGUAUCGGUUUGAACAUGCCUGCAAAGACGGUAGUUUUCACAAAUGUGCGUAAAUUUGAUGGGGAUAAAUUUAGAUGGAUAUCUAGCGGGGAGUAUAUUCAGAUGAGUGGUCGUGCUGGGCGUCGAGGUAUUGAUCAGCGUGGUAUUUGCAUUCUCAUGGUAGAUGAGAAAAUGGAGCCAUCUACCGCCAAAAUGAUGGUGAAAGGAAGUGCUGAUUGUUUAAAUAGUGCUUUCCACCUAAGCUACAAUAUGCUUUUGAAUCAAAUGAGGUGCGAAGACGGUGACCCAGAAAAUCUUCUCAGAAAUUCCUUUUAUCAGUUUCAAUCGGAUCGAGCCCUUCCUGAUCUAGAGAAACAAGCUAAGGAUUUGGAAGCUGAGAGAGAUUCGAUUAUUAUUGAAGGAGAGGAAGACGUUGAAGAUUAUUAUGAUCUCCUACAGCAACUCAAGAAUUGUAAAAAUGAUGUUCGAGAUAUUGUAUUUUCCCCCAAGUACUGUUUACCAUUCUUGCAGCCUGGCCGGCUUGUGCGUGUACAAUGCACUCCUGAUGAUCGAACACAAUCUUUCUCCACAGAAGAGCAUGUUACAUGGGGAGUGAUAAUUGAUUUUGAGAGGCUGAAAAGCCCAGGUGGAGAUAAAAGACCUGAGGAUUCAGAUUAUACAGUUGUUGUCCUGUUAAAAUGCAUGAUAAACAAGGAAACGGGUGCAAAGAAGCCAGUGAAGAUUGUUCCAUUAGAUGAGAAGAAUGGGGAGCCCACCAUCAUUUCUUUGCCACUUUCUGAGAUUGAUAGCCUGAGUAGCAUUCGGCUUUUCAUGCCGAAGGAUCUUUUGCGACCGGAAGCACGAGAGAAUACCCUGAGCAAGGUUUCAGAAGUUCUUUCUAGAUUCUCCAGAGAUGGUAUACCACUUUUAGAUCCCGUUCAACAAAGUAGCUCAUAUAAAAAAUCCGUUCGAAGAGUUGAGGAUCUGGAGAGGUCAAUCGAAAAACAUGUUAUGCGAAAUACCCCACUUGCUCCCCAGAAGUUGAAAGCAUUGCAUGAUAAGCUAGAAUUGAAUGCAAGAAUCAAGUCAAUAAAGAAAGUAACACGAUCAUCCACAGCGUUAGCCUUUAAAGGUGAACUUAAGGCACGGAAAAGGGUUCUCCGGAGACUGGGAUACAUUACCAGUGACGAUGUUGUGCAGUUGAAGGGGAAGGUUGCGUGUGAGAUAAGCUCAGCUGAUGAAUUAACUCUGACAGAGCUCAUGUUUAGUGGAGCAUUCAAGGAUGUGAGUGUUGAAGGGAUGGUGGCUCUUCUUUCCUGUUUUGUGUGGCAGGAGAAACUCCAGGAUGCCCAGAAACCGAGGGAAGAGCUUGAUUUGCUAUUUAUCCAGCUACAGGAGACAGCAAGGAGGGUUGCUGCUGUUCAGCUUGAGUGCAAGAUCCAGAUUGAUGUGGAGAAUUUUGUGAACUCAUUUCGCCCUGACAUAAUGGAAGCUGUGUAUGAAUGGGCAAAAGGCUCCAAGUUCUUCGAGAUAAUGGAGAUGACACAAGUAUUCGAGGGAAGCUUAAUCAGAGCAAUAAGAAGAAUGGAGGAAGUCCUACAACAAUUGAUUUUGGUUGCAAAGUCAAUCGGAGAAACUCAACUUGAAGCAAAAUUCGAAGAGGCCGUAGCCAAGAUAAAACGUGAUAUAGUCUUCGCUGCAUCUUUGUAUUUGUAAUCAAGACUUUCCAUCUGCUGUAUUUAUGGCAGUUAAGCAGUUUUGUAGAUUAGGAAGUUGCAAAGCACCUUAGAAAAAAAAAUGUAGUAAGUGUAAAAUAUGAGGUUCAUUGUUCUGAUUAUUUGCAAGGCUGUACAAUUCUUGACCAAGAACAAACGGUUGUAAGGUAGCAAGUUACAAACCGAAGUGUAUUCCUUAUGAGUUUUCAUGAAGGCCAUUUGCUCGGUGAACAAGCGUAAACAUCGGUGUAAUUACAAUUUGUGGAAAGAUGUGGUUAUACUAGCAAUUGUGAUUGUAGUCA